UAAAGCUUACUCUCUCCCCUCCUCAAGAUGGACAACCAGGCCUUUGAAAUGGAACCUGAGAGCACUGCCAGGUCCUGGAAGGGAAAAGAGAGGCUGCAGAAAGAGGCCACCCAAGGCAGCCCCUCCGUGCUGAAGCUGUUUGUGGUUUGCCUUCUGGCCGGCCUCAUCACCACGGCCAUCAGCAUUCUCAGCCUCUCCCUGGUGUACACCAAGACCGGAGGAGGCCUCGUUAACGAGAUGAGAGUCAAUGAGAUGAGUGUUAACGAGGUGCUGGUUAACAAUGAAGCAGCUUCGUCAAGUCCGGGUGUGGACGCCAGAUUGGCUCCCUCUGAUUGUUUCUUUGCUUCCUGGCAGCCAAUUGGUGGAGUGAAAUUCAUCCGAACGUUCCAGAAGGCUUCAGAGGACCAAACUGUGAACCUGCCUCCUAAUUUGGGCCAAUUAGUGCACAGCGUUAAUUACAAGCAGUCCGAAGACAGUCAAGUUUGGCGGUAUUUUUAUGACCUCAGAGCUUCUCCAGUCCACGCUUUCCGAGGUGGUGAAUUCCAAUGGGCUCCGUAUCGAUCUUCCAGGACCUUGCCAACCCCGAUGGAGCUCAUUUACAUACAAUCCCUUAAUGAGGAGAGCCAUUCGCUCACUUUGGCCACGUUAAGGAUCUUCGUUAACGAGCUGGGCCAGCCUCAUUACCAUUUCAACGCUAACGAGCUCGCCUACGUUGUCAGCGGCUGCGCCAGGGCUGGCUUGGUGAUGGAAUCAGGGACAACGGUGACGUUCGAUAUCGCGAUAGGGGAUGUGAUAUUUUUUCCUGUCGGGACUCAACAUUAUCUGAGGAGCGUCUGUGACGAGGAGCUGCUGCUGGUGGUGGCUUACAGCACUGGGAAGGAGGAACUGAAGACCCUUCGUAUGAACAAAUACUUCAUGGACACAGCAGACCACAUCCUGGCUCAACUCUUCCACAAAGAUCAGAAGGAGUUCCAGAACUUUCCCCGUGCUUAAUUAGUGGGGUUCAUUAGCCGAACGUUUGUUAAUUAAAUGAGUUUUCUUUUGC